GCCGCGGCCACACCGGGAAGGGCUCCAGGCGCUAUGGCGGCGGCUGCGCGCAAGGUUGGAGGAAACUUCCUGCGGCCGGUGGCCUCCUGAGCGGCAGAGCGACCGAGGGGGAGCGCCCGGGCCCGGCAGCCAGGCCUCUCCCGCCGCCGGGGCAGCGGAGCCGCACUGGGCGGGCGGAGAGCGCGGGGGUGCGCAGCGGGCCCGCCUCAUGCGCAGUCACCUGCGGAGGGGCUGAGCGGAGCCGCCGCCGCCGCGCCCCGCGCCGGGGGCUCCGGGCGAGCACUUCCCGGGGCUGCCCCCGCUGCCCGGCCCUGCGGAGCCGCCGCCGAGGGACGCACAACGACCCCACCACCGGCCGGAGCCGCGGCCGGGGAGCGACCUGUCAGGGCACCUCGCAGGCCGGCCCCCAGAACCCUUCCCACGCGUCGGUUUGUCCCCGGGAGAAGGCGAGUUGGGAGCCUCUCCAUGCCUUAUCAAGUUCCUUAUCUGAGCGGCUCCCAGAGGCUGUAGAACAGUUCAGCUUUAUCUGGUGUAAGGGAGAAAAACAGUGUAGCUCUCGCACUCCAUCCUGUAUCGAGGACCACCUAUUCUGCUGGGGUUUAUCACACGAAGAUGAUGAAAUGUGGAUUGCUGGGUGAACCAUUAGGUCUCUGUUGUGAAACGAGGGCUUUGUAUUCGCCUUCCAGUUCCUGAUCUGUGCCGUGUGUGAGAGGACGCUAAUCUUUCUCCUUCAUUCCCCUUCCCUAAACCUUUCCUUGCUUCCAUGUUGCAUUGGUCAGACUUUUGGUCAGUGUUGUUUACGGAAGGAGGGGGGAAGAAGGCAGUUGAGGUUACAAACAAAAGUACUUGUAUGACUCAUCUACUUGGAUUUAAGACAUUGUAUCCUUCUUUCACGGGGCCUUUGCUUCUCUCUGAAGGAAUCAGAUGCUUUUUCCUAUUCUUCCAGAGGAGGAUGGAUUGAAAGUUGUACGUUUUAGACUUUUUUUGGGCCACUGCUGAUAUUAUUAAAAGACAUAAUGGGACUUUUUCACUGGAUUAUUGCCAGAAUUAGUUUACACACUGAAACAAUGAGUUGUUAGGCCUCUCAUAUGAUAAUAUUUGUCCUGCUUUAAUAUAAAGUUGCUGUGGAGGUGUUUUUAAAAUUGCGGAGGACAGUCUGCAUCAGAAGAGGCUCUCUUCAUCUCUGGUUGGUGUAGCAACCGCAAUCUGUCCUCGAUGCCUUCAGCCUUGGCCAUCUUCACUUGCCGCCCGAACUCCCACCCGUUUCAGGAGCGUCAUGUCUACCUGGACGAGCCUGUCAAGAUCGGCCGCUCGGUGGCUCGCUGCCGGCCAGCCCAGAACAAUGCCACCUUUGACUGCAAGGUGCUCUCCAGGAACCAUGCUCUGGUCUGGUUUGAUCACAAGACAGGCAAGUUCUAUCUUCAAGACACUAAAAGUAGUAAUGGUACCUUUAUUAAUAGUCAGAGACUGAGUAGAGGAUCUGAGGAAAGCCCACCAUGUGAAAUUAUGUCAGGUGACAUCAUCCAGUUUGGUGUAGAUGUGACGGAGAACACGCGGAAAGGUAAGGUGACCCAUGGAUGUAUAGUCUCCACAAUCAAACUGUUCCUUCCAGAUGGAAUGGAAGCUCGAUUGCGAUCAGAUGUUAUCCAUGCACCAUUACCAAGUCCUGUUGACAAGGUUGCUGCUAACACUCCCAGUAUGUAUUCUCAGGAAUUGUUUCAGCUUUCACAGUAUCUACAAGAAGCCUUACAUCGGGAACAAAUGUUGGAACAGAAGCUGGCAACCCUUCAGCGACUGCUUGCUGUCACACAAGAGGCUUCAGAUACUAGUUGGCAGGCUUUAAUAGAUGAAGACAGGCUGCUAUCAAGACUAGAGGUUAUGGGAAAUCAAUUACAAGCUUGUUCAAAGAAUCAAACAGAAGACAGUAUACGAAAAGAGCUUAUAGCAUUACAGGAAGACAAACACAACUAUGAGACAACAGCCAAAGAGUCCCUGAGGCGGGUCCUUCAGGAGAAAAUUGAAGUGGUCAGAAAACUAUCUGAAGUGGAGCGGAGUUUAAGUAACACAGAAGAUGAAUGUACACACCUGAAAGAAAUGAAUGAGCGGACUCAGGAAGAAUUAAGGGAAUUAGCUAAUAAGUACAAUGGAGCUGUAAAUGAAAUUAAAGAUCUUUCUGACAAGCUAAAGGUAGCAGAAGGAAGACAAGAAGAAAUCCAACAAAAAGGACUGGCUGAGAAAAAGGAAUUGCAGCAUAAAAUAGAUGAAAUGGAAGAAAGAGAGCAAGAGCUUCAAGCAAAAAUAGAAGCUUUGCAGGCUGAUAACGACUUCACCAAUGAGCGGCUGACUGCUUUACAAGUACGGUUAGAACACCUGCAAGAGAAAACUCUUAAAGAACACAACAGCUUAGGCAUACAAGUUGACGACUUCAUACCUAAAAUAAAUGGGAGCACAGAGAAAGAGCACUUUCUUUCAAAGAGUGGAGGGGACUGCACUUUUAUUCAUCAGUUCAUAGAAUGUCAGAACAAGAUCAUAGAUGAAGGACAUCUAACCAAAGUGGAAGAAACAAAGCUUUUGAAAGAAAACCAAGCACGAGUCAAAGAAUCGAACGAUUUGUCUGACACCCUUAGCCCGAGCAAGGAAAAAAGCAGCGACGACACUACAGAUGCUCAAAUGGAUGACCAAGAUCUAAAUGAACCUAUUGUCAAAGUAGCUCUUCUAAAAGAUGAAUUGCAGGGUGCACAAUCAGAAACUGAGGCUAAGCAAGAAAUUCAGCAACUGCACAAGGAGCUGAUUGAAGCCCAAGAGCUAGCUAGGACAAGUAAACAAAAAUGCUUUGAACUUCAAGCUCUCUUGGAAGAAGAGAGAAAAGCAUAUCGAGUGCAAGUUGAAGAAUCCAACAAGCAAAUAAAUGCUCUGCAAGCUCAGUUGCGAAGGUUACAAGAAGAAAUUGAGAAUCUUCGCAAGGAGAAGGAGAAUGAAAUUUCAACCACUCGAAAUGAACUAGUCAGUGCUCAAAAUGAGAUUCUGUCACUUCAAAAAGUAGCAGAAAAAGCAGCCUCAGAACGAGACACAGAUAUUUCUGCCUUGCAAGCUGAGCUGCAGACGGUGCGAGCGGAGCUUGACCGCUGGAGGAACGAUGCCUCGGACUAUGAGAAAGAAAUUGUCAGUCUGCAAUCCCGGUUCCAGCUCAAGUGCCAGCAGUGUGAGGAGCAGCAGAGGGAGGAGGCCUCUCGCCUGAAAGAUGAACUUGAAAAGUUGAAGGCAGAGUGGAUUGCUCUGGAAGCUGAAUGUGUUAAACUGAGGAAGGAAAAUACUUCACUUACAUCUGAACUUCAGCGACAAGAGAAGGAGCUUUCUAGCUCUCAGAAACAGAGUUUAGCACUAACCAGCGAUAUAAGUGUUCUUGAAAUGUCUCGGAAGGAACUUGAAAAUCAGAUGGGAUCAUUGAGAGAAAAACAUCAACGGGAUGCAGCCAGUCUGAAAACUCAACUCAGUGAAGCUGAAAGUCAAGCAAAAGAUUUUCAGAAAGAGUAUGAAAGAACACAGACUGUGCUCUCAGAGCUGAAGGCCAAGUAUGAGGUGGCUGAACAACAAAACCAGUCACUCACGGAGGAGCUCAAACAAUGUAAAGAAAACCUGAAGCUGCUACAAGAAAAAGGAAACAAUCCUUCCAUAUUACAACCCGUCCCAGCCGUAUUCAUCGGCCUAAUCCUGGCUUUCCUGUAUUGGUGUUACGGCCCAUUGUGGUAGCGAAAGAGACAAUGGCCUUGGAUGCCUGUGAUGGCAGCUUUGGUUGCUGUAACAGCCGUGGUGCUGUACCCAGGCCUAACCAGAGCUUCUCCAUGAGAACUGUUGUUGAAUCCAUACACCGUCCUCCCUUUAGAAGCUGGCAACAUUCAUAUACUGAGGGAAAACAGAUUAAUUCUCUUCCUUUUUACCUCUUAAUACAGCACAGCUCUGCGUGAGAACAGCAGUAGGGUCAUUUGCUUUAAACUGUAUAAAAUGUAUCUGUCUAUAAAGAGGGAAUAAAAUUGUGAUUCAUCAUUCUGUGAGCAAUAUUUUUGCUUACAACUUCAUGCAAGUUUUAAAUUAGUAUGUUGGGAUUCUGAGUACUAUAAUGGUGGCCUAAAGCAGGCUUCUUGGUACCAAAUUAUUUAUAAUGGCUAGGGUUGUGGACACUGACUUUAGAAUCCGAUUGCUAGACUUAAAAGGAAAAUACUGAUUUGGUCAUCCAAGCCAAGUAACCUUGCAAAUACUUGGGAAACAGAUGCAGUAUGCUCAGUGCCUUUCAGUAUGAUCUAUUUUUUUUUAAACUAGUGUAUCAUUUUACUUGCUGUUAGUCACUGAGCUGUUGGGAACAAGACAUAAGAAAACUUCUCUUACUACGCCUUUCGAAGGAAGCAUAUUUUUCUUUCAUAAGGAUUGCUUUAUUAAUGGGUUUUGGGAAUAAACACAAUUCAUGUCCAGCCUUAAAGAGAUAGAGAUGCAGAUGGUGAAGACCAGCCUCAAGUAUUUAGUGUGCGCGUGUGCGAGUGUAAGCAUGUGUGUGUUCUUGAGUGGACUGAGGUGUUUCUGGGAGCAAGUACUUGGUCAUUUGAUGGACAUAGUGCAUUGAUUCAACUUAUGUUAACUUUAGUUUGAAUGUAAUUUAUUAAAUUUCAUAUAUUUAAAGAGAUACGUUCUUUAAAAGUAUGAAUACCUUCUCACAUAUCACAUGUAUCAGUUUAUUUUUUCAGUCAUUUGAUACCUUCUGACUUGAGCUGGAGAAGCUCUUUAGAAUAAGCUUUUGUGGACGUAACUUUUAUUAAGAGAACUGCUACAGUACGUCUGUGAUAGCUGAGAAAAUCUAGAUACAGAAAAUACUACAAAAUUGGAAUCAUACCUGAUGAAGCGUUGUCAGGUGAUGAUUUUAAUUUGGUAGUAAAAUUUUGUGGCUCCUUAUCACAUGGCUGUAAGUAUGAUGCAGUGGUCCCCAUUACAAAGUUUAUUUUCCUUAUCUAAGUAAUAUAACUAUUGCUAUUUGCUGACUUUUGGUGGGAAUCACUGUAGUUAGUGCUGAAUUAAAUGUAGACAGUAGUUGUCUUGUUCAGCUCAACAGUUCUGUCAAAAAAGUUUAUUAAAGACUUAAAUAAGAUGUUAAAGAAUGGUAAAGUGAUAUGGCUCUGCUAAAAGAAACUUCAAAAUAGGGAAGUAAUCUCAGCAAUUCAAUUGGCUUUAAAGGAUGUUAUGGCAAUCGACAGAUAGUUUAAAUAUUUAAAUAGAAAUUUAGUAUAUAAUUUACUUUGUGAGGUUUUAAGGGUCAUUGUCCUUUAAUUAAAGGUUCUAUCUUAAGUUACGUGGGAUUUGCUAAUGGGAGGAUUAUUAGUUGGAGAAAAUAGUCCACAAGUGACUUGUAGAAAAUAACUAUUGUCAUUUAGUUCAUUCAUUUCAUCUUUUUCAUCCUUUUCAGUUGCAGGAAGCCACCCAACCACAGAACACUCGUAUGCCAGUGGUACUUAGUACCUCUUGUAUAUAGGUUAUUGCAAAUAUUGUUCUGAAAUGCUUAACUUCAGAAUUACAUUUUUUUAAGUAAUUAAUUGUUUUAAAUCUAUUUUGUAAAGAUAUAAAAAUACAAUAGAAUUUCUGGAGUACAGAUUAAACUAUUUGCACUAACACACGUGAUGUGCAUGAUUUAAUAAAAUAACUUUACUCUCCCUA